UGAAUAUAGAACACCAGAGAGCACACCCAGAUACAGACCAACCAGUAUUGUCCUAUCACAAAUACAGCCCAUCAACAUCGAAAUUGUGUGUCAUCAAUUAUUAUAUCAAAAUAUACCUGCAGCAUCCCAGUACUGUAGUAUUGCAUCAGAUGGUCGACCAUGUGCUUGUGUUUACAACACGUGAUCAAAACUAAACGAACCAAUCAGAUCGAUCAAACAAAUAUCGAUCUGUUCUCCCAUUGGUCAACAAUUUAAAGGUCCGGGUGUGACGUCAACACUGCGUGGUAAUAUCAUAAACAAAUGUAGGAGGAUUUUCAUUUCAUUCAUACUAAACAACAUCCAUUUGGAGCGGAGGGAACAAGAAAAUCCUGACAAAAUGACUUCUGAUCUAUCAAUGGAGAACUUACUGAACCACUGCAACAGACUGUGGAUCUUUGGUUAUGGGUCACUGUGCUGGAAACCGGGCUUUCAAUACAGUUCAAGGAAACUUGGUUUUAUCAGAGGCUACUCACGGAGGUUUUGGCAGGGCAAUGCCACACAUAGAGGCACACCCAAUAAUCCUGGCAGAGUUGCAACUCUUGUAAAAGAUGAAAUGAACAGUGUAUGGGGAGUUGCUUACGAACUAGUGGGCCACGCUCAGAUUGAGCAAGCCUUGAAGCAUUGCAGCCAUAGAGAGCUAGAACUUGGCGGAUAUAUAGUGAAAAUACAACCUUUCCAGAUAAAGAACAGCACCAAUGUGAUUCCUGUUCUAGUGUAUAUGGCAACACCUGCCAAUCAGCAUUACUUAGGCCCCGCCUCUAUUGACGCUCUUGCAGAGCAGGUAACCAACAGUGAAGGUCCAAGUGGACAUAACAUUGAAUAUGUUUGCCGAUUGGCUGACUGGGCACGUCACGAAUGCCCAGAGGAAAAUGAUCAGCAUUUGCUCCAAUUGGAUGAAAAAAUCAGACAGAUUUGCCAGGAAAGGAAAAUCUGUAUGAGGACUGCUAUGGGGCCGGACCCCACUCCUUUGAGCCAGUAUCAUCGUAAAAAAUGCCACCAAGCUGAACGGUUGCGUGCUUCACUUAUCAUGGCAUCACUGAAGCAGUCACAUUAUCGCAAACAUAAAACUUUGCAUAUUGAGCAAAACUAUGAAAUCUCUAGCAAGACAAUCUCCACAAAUGCCAAGUAAUGAAUUAUAGUUGGUAAUAAAUACAUGACAAUAUUCCCCACAUGAUGAUCGUUGAUAUCCAUUAUAGUGUAAGAAAAUCAUGGAAAUUGCAGUAUAGCAAUAAAUUCAUAUCUAGUUAAAAUGCAGAAACAAAAUGGAUGCCAAUCAAGAGUCUUCCAAUGAUUUAAAAGGCCUAACAGCCAAAAAAUGUUGAGUUGGCUAGAUUCAGUAUGCUAAGAUUUGACUUUGACAAUAAUGAAAAAUUACAACUGAUCUCAAUCCGAAUUUAUGUUGAAAAAGUUUGGCAUGUUGUUGCAAUUAGAAGUAUACGACAUGUGACAUAUUUAAUUAGUUUUAAUCAAUGUAUACUGCAAAAACUUAUUUUUCAAUUAAGAUGAUGGGUUGAAGAUGUGCCCCAUCUAUAAUAUUCUACAUUAUUUGCCUCUAUUUUUGCAUGUAUUUUUAUUUAUAAAUCAUCCAUUUAUGUGUGCAUUAAGUCAUAAGAAAUUUCACGACUCCACGCCUGACCCUAUUACUAACUAUUUCUUAAAAAACAAUUAUUUGAACAUAAUAGUUGACAAUAUCAGUGUUAUUUCAUUUUGAAAAAACAAUAGGUUAACAAAUUCUGGUUACAUAAAAUUGUGAAUAAUUGAUGAAAACGGUCUCCACUAAAACC